AUGGCGGCGGCUGGUGACCACGGCGUGCAGCUGGCGGCCGGUGGGCCGGACAGCUACCGCUCGCCGCUGGCGUCCCGGUACGCCAGCCCGGAGAUGUGCUUCCUGUUUAGCGACAGGUACAAAUUCCGGACCUGGCGGCAGCUCUGGCUGUGGUUGGCGGAAGCCGAGCAGACGUUAGGCUUGCCUAUCACAGAUGAACAGAUCCAGGAGAUGAAAUCGAACCUGGAUAACAUCGACUUCACCAUGGCAGCUGAGGAGGAGAAGCGGCUGCGACACGACGUGAUGGCUCACGUGCACACCUUUGGCCACUGCUGCCCCAGAGCUGCUGGCAUUAUUCACCUUGGUGCCACCUCCUGCUACGUCGGAGACAACACGGACCUGAUUAUUCUUAGAAAUGCAUUUGACCUGCUUUUGCCAAAGCUGGCCAGAGUGAUCUCUCGGCUUGCCGACUUUGCUAAGGAACGAGCCGAUCUUCCCACCUUGGGUUUCACACAUUACCAGCCUGCUCAGCUGACCACAGUUGGGAAACGUUGCUGUCUUUGGAUUCAGGAUCUUUGUGUGGACAUUCAGAAUGUGAAGCGUGUCCGAGACGACCUGCGCUUCCGAGGCGUGAAGGGUACCACUGGCACGCAGGCAAGCUUCCUGCAGCUCUUCGAGGGAGAUGACCAGAAGGUAGAGCAGCUUGACAAGAUGGUGACAGAAAAGGCAGGAUUUAAGAGGGCUUUCAUCAUCACAGGACAGACGUAUACCCGGAAAGUGGACAUCGAGGUGCUGUCAGUGCUGGCUGGCUUGGGGGCAUCAGUGCACAAGAUUUGCACCGACAUACGCCUCCUGGCCAAUCUCAAGGAGCUGGAGGAACCCUUUGAAAAACAGCAAAUCGGCUCAAGUGCGAUGCCAUACAAACGGAACCCCAUGCGCUCAGAGCGUUGCUGCAGCCUCGCCCGUCACCUGAUGACCCUCCUCAUGGACCCACUGCAGACAGCAUCUGUGCAGUGGUUUGAACGUACGCUGGACGACAGUGCCAAUCGACGCAUCUGUUUGGCUGAGGCAUUUCUUACUGCAGAUACUAUAUUGAAUACGCUGCAGAACAUUUCAGAAGGAUUGGUGGUGUACCCCAAAGUAAUUGAGCGGCACAUUCGGCAAGAGCUGCCUUUCAUGGCCACAGAGAACAUCAUCAUGGCCAUGGUGAAAGCUGGGGCUAGCCGCCAGGACUGCCAUGAGAAAAUCAGAGUGCUUUCCCAGCAGGCAGCUGCUGUGGUCAAGCAGGAAGGGGGCGACAAUGAUCUCAUCGAGCGGAUCCAGGCUGAUGCCUACUUCAGUCCCAUUCACUCCCAGUUGGACCGUUUACUGGAUCCUUCUUCUUUCAUUGGUCGCGCAUCCCAGCAGGUGCAGAGAUUCCUAGAAGAGGAGGUAUUUCCCCUGUUGAAACCGUAUGAAAGUGUGAUGAAGGUGAAAGCUGAAUUAUGUCUCUAGCAUCAGAAAAGAAUUAAACAAGAAACCAUCCUUG